AAAAAAAUCAGAAAUGAAAGAGCGUCCCACGUGAUUUCCCUACAACUUGGAGUUUUCUUCUAUAAACUUUUUUUGCUGGCCGGCUCGUCCAGGACCACCGAGCUGCUGCUGCAGCGCCUCACAUCUAACUAAUGUCGCAUUAGGUUGGGCUCAUCCCCUUGUCCCGAAGCGGAGUCAGAGCUGAGCCUCAUUAUGAGAUGUCGUCUCCCAGGGUGUCCUUCGUACACAUCAAGUUCGAAGACAUCCUCUUCUAUGAGAACUGCGGCGGUGGCAGCUUCGGGAGUGUGUACCGGGCCAGGUGGAUCUCCCAGGACAAAGAGGUUGCAGUGAAGAAACUGCUGAAGAUUGAGAACGAGGCGGAAAUCCUCAGCGUCCUCAGUCACCGCAACAUCAUCCAGUUUUAUGGUGCGAUUGUUGAAGCUCCAAACUAUGGAAUUGUCACUGAGUAUGCAAGCGGGGGCUCCCUGUACGACUACUUGUCGAGUGAUGAGAGUGAGGAGAUGGACAUGAGGCAGAUCAUGAGCUGGGCUGCAGAGAUUGCUAAGGGAAUGCAUUAUUUACAUUCAGAGGCCCCAGUGAAGGUGAUCCACAGAGACCUGAAGUCCAGGAAUGUUGUUUUGGGUGCAGAUAAAGUUCUGAAGAUCUGUGAUUUUGGAGCAUCCAAGUUUUUAUCCCACACGACUCACAUGUCUUUGGUGGGAACCUUUCCCUGGAUGGCUCCAGAGGUUAUCCAGAGUCUUCCUGUGUCAGAGACAUGUGACACCUUCUCCUAUGGUGUGGUGCUUUGGGAAAUGCUCACUCGAGAAAUCCCCUUCAAAGGUCUGGAAGGCUUACAGGUAGCCUGGCUGGUGGUGGAGAAAAAUGAGAGGCUUACCAUCCCCAGCAGCUGUCCUGCCAGCUUUGCAGAGCUCAUGAGGAAGUGUUGGUCUGCAGAACCAAAAGAAAGGCCGAUGUUUAAGCAGAUCCUGGGUACUUUGGAGUCUAUGUCUAAAGACAGACAGCUUCCUGAACAGUGCAACUCUUUCCUUCACAGCAAGGCUGAAUGGAGGUGUGAAAUCGAAGCUACUCUUGAGCGGCUGAAGAAGUUGGAGAGGGACCUCAGCACAAAGGAGCAGGAGCUGAAGGAGCGGGAGCGCCGUCUGAAGAUGUGGGAGCGCAAGCUCAUCGAACAGUCAAACAGUCCGUUGCUACCCACCCUUGACAUAUACACCUGGACAGAGGAGCAUGUGUAUUUCUGGAUGAUGCAUUUAUUUGGUGCAGGAGAUGGUACUUGUGACAUGCAGCUUUACGCCAACCUGCUUAAAGAAAACCACAUCACCGGGAAGAGGCUGCUGCUGCUAACAGAGAGCGACAUGCGGGACAUGGGAGUCAAGUCCAAAGGCCACGUCAUGCACCUUAAGGCAGAGAUUGAGAAGUUAACCAAUGAUUACCUUGGGUUCCUCCACUUCCCACCACUGCUAAAGGAUGAGCUGGAAAAGGAAGUGGAACAAAGUAAAAUUGUCAGUCUGGAGCUGGUGUUUGGGUACCACUGGAAACCAGGAAAAGGAAAGUCUGACUGCAAAUGGAAAAUGUACAUGGAGCUUGAUGGAGAUGAGGUUGCUGUAACCUACAUCAAAGAUGUCAUCUUUAAUCCCAACAGACCAGAUGUAGAAGUCCUGCGGAUGACUAAGCCACCUUUUUUGAUGGAUAAAUGGAUUGUUGGAUUGGAACAGAACCAGAAAAUAGAAUAUACAGUCAAUUUUGAGAAUGAUGUGAAGUCACCAAAGUCGAUUAGACACAGCAGUCUGUUAGUGUGGACCCACAGCGGCGGACAGGAUGAGAUUAAAAACGUAGAGCUGGUCAUAGAAACAGCUCCAGUUACUGUGGACCCCAGAGACAAAAUCAACUGUAAUUUCGAUCCUGCAUGGAUGAAUGAUGUGAGGCACAAGCACAUGAUGACCCAGAAGUCACAGCAGAGGACGACUCGUCUGAACAGCUCUGAUGCCCAAACUCUUCCUCAGUUCCUCUCUGCCCAUGAAAGCCAGGCAUUUUCAUACGCCGCCGCCGUGCGCAGAUCUCCAAACAACCUCCGCCCCUCUCCCUGGAGCGACUCUCGCUGCUCCUCACCGACCGCCAGUCUGUCAGCCAAACUGUUGCCGCUCAACCUCGGGUCAAAGGGUAGCAGUCCUUCCAGCACUACCUCAGAGAGCACAUCAGAGCGGGAGCGCCCUCGCAGUGCUGGAGGCAUGCACGAACAACGGAGGAACAGCAAGACGCUAGCAGUGGGAGGCGGGCAGGGGAGGUGGCAAGGGUGGACAAACAACAGAGGAAGCAGUAAGAGUGGAAAAGGUUCACGGCAGCCAGGGAGGCCUCGAUCAAACAGUUACAGCAUCACGCCACAGAGUCGCCCGCCGCUGAUACCAGGUAUAUGGUCUGUGACAGGAAACCCCAGUGAAGAAAAAGAGGUGGGCAAAGCCAGUGAUGGAGGGUGGAUUAAAGUAGAGCGACACAAAAAAACAACCCGACAAGAUAUUAAACCAGUCAGAGGUCGGGGGAGGAGAGAAGGACGGGGAGGACGUGGUGCUGGAGGAAGAUUAUAAUGUGGACCUCAGCAGCUUCUUCUAU